UGGAGGUGAGCAUCUCUCAGCGUUUAAUGUGAAUGAAGCUGUUCAAACAUGGACUUCCAGAAGUUAUUUCAGCCUGAAUGAACAUCUGCCGUGAGUGGAUGGAUCUUCUGACAAGAAUUAAUGCAGUAUGGAGAUGUACGCCAGGCAUUGCUUCGUUUGGAUACUUCUAAAAGGAACCUUCUGUUUGUUGGUUCUUGGACAACAUCGUGGCAGCUUCACCUUCACCAAGAGAGAAUCACCUGAACUCAACAGAGAUCAAGACCCUUCUUCACAGAAAAACUGGGCGUCCCAGACUAGGAGUUUGAUCCAGAACAGCAAACUACCCAUCAGUCCUUUUAUUCCUCUGUCAAAGCAGGGACUUCUGGAAAUACUCGAAGGAAAGUCACAGUCAUACUCAAACCCGUCCUUAAAGAUAAAGCUGAGUCCCAUCAUGAAAGUUCAUGGAACAUCUAAAUUCUCCAGGACGUUCAGUUGGGGGGACUUUUACUCAAAUAUCAAAACUGUCAAACUGAAUUUGCUGAUAAUGGGCAAAAUUGUGGAUCACGGGAACGGCUCUCUUGGAGUCUACUUCCGCCACAACUCCACAGGUGUGGGCAACGUCUCUGUCAGCCUUGUCCCACCUAUGAAAGAGGUGGAGUUUGAUCUGGAGCGCCAAAGUGUAGUCAACCCUAAAGACUCAAAGACGUUCAACUGUAGGGUGGACUAUGAGAAAACUGAACGCAACAAAAAGGUGAUUCUGUGCAACUAUGACCCGUCCAAGACGUGUGCUCAGGAGCAGACCCAGAGCCACGUCACCUGGAUGUGCUCCAAACCUUUCCAGGUCAUAUGCGUCUACGUGUCUUUCUACAGCACAGACUACAGACUGGUCCAAAAAGUCUGUCCAGACUACAGCUACCAGAAUCCAGGAGUCAACCUGCCCACAGGUUAAAGACGACAGUGAAGAGUAAAGUUUGAAUAAAUCCACUGGGAGCAGCUGUGUGAUAUGAGCUGUGGAAGUUUUUAGAAUUAUUCCAAAGUUUAGCAUUUCUCCUACAGUUUACCAAGUCUCUGUUUUAGUGCGAUAUCUUACUUGUUGUAGAUUACAAGAGUUGUAUUAGACUGUUUUUAUGGAAACAUAAUUAUGACUGCAACUAACUAUUUUCAUUAUUGAUUAAUGUGACGAUAUUUGU